AUGGGUAGGGAGGCCCUCAGGCUUUGCGGAAGCGAACUGCACCACUUUGUGCUUGCGGCUUCCUGCUUCCUUGCUGCCAGCGAAUCAGCUGCUGGAGAUGAAGAGGCCAUGCAGGAGGUGGUAGACGGCGUCGUGGUCCCGCAGGGUCCGGUCCGCUGUCUACCUUUAGGCAUGAUGCCAGGCGCCCCAGGCCAUGCGCCGAUCUACACGGCGCCCACGCACAAGCAGUUUCGACUUCGCUUCCUCGUCGUGGUGGACUAUCUCGCUUCCGACUCCUCUUCAUCGUCGUCAUCGUCGUCGUCAUCGUUGACGUCUUUCAUCACUCCCGUCAUUGCCGUGCCGUCGACUUCCUUUACGUCGGCGCCGCCGCCGCCGCUGCCAUCGGCCUCUUCACCAUUCUUGUUGGCGCCGUCCGCCGGCUCGUCGACCUUCUUCACCCACGCACCGCCGCCGCUGGCCGCCGCCAUCAGCAGCAGCAGCGCCUACCGAUAUAUGCCGCCGGCGCCGGCUCACAGGCUGUCGUCCAUGUCGAUGCCCCUGAUGAGGCCCGCCUUCACGCCGACGAUGCCGCUGACGCCGCCGCCGCCGCCCUACGUCUCUCUGGCGCGCUCCUUCACGCCGCCGCCGCCGCCGACGAUGAGUACGAGCUACGCAGGGGCCCCAAUGUCGUCGGACUUCACGCUGCGGCCGCACGGGCCGGACUGGCAAUUCUAUGCACGGCCCGCUCCCCUUGUUGCCUUGCGACCGCAUAAACCAGAGGACGGGACGUGGCAGAGCUUCGAGGCAACUGGGAAUUGGUUACUCGAGACCAACUACCAGGCCACUCAACGACUCGGUGGUGGAGCCCUCCCCCACCCCACCAUCGCGGGCGGCAAUGGCGUGAUCUACGGCAUCGACUACACCAACAUGAUCCAGUACAGACAAGACGACCCCGACCGCAUUCGCAAAAUCAGGCGUGUUGGCUAG